CUCUUUCGUUCUUUUGAUAAACUAUACUCUUAAUAAAACUCAGUAUAACAAAUGUGAUGGAUCGGACCAAACAUCCUACUCAUACAAUCAUACUAUAAUUACAUAGAUUAACGCGAAUACGCGAUAGUUGCAAGUGUGCGACAAACCGCAACAACAUCACACCAGAUCCAUAUAAUAACAAAUGCUCAAUCGAACUUUUCAAUCCGACGAUAACAAAUAAGACGAGUUAUUAGUGGAUACUCAUACCACAAGAGAUAGACCACGAAAAAUAGCAACAAUCUGUACUCGAAAAAAGAACACACACAGGAGUCUCAUGAGUAAUCACCAUUCAUUCCCCAAUCAAACAACCAGCAAGUUUCGAACAAUUAUUUAUUUGGAGAAAAAAAUAACACGAGCCAUAUGUUACAAAACACUAAAUUGUGCAUCCCAUCAUGUACGUGUAUAAUAACAACGUCACACCACUGCCAGUGGCAGAGCAAGAAGAAUCCCAAGCCCGCUUAAUACGAUCCUGGCUCUGCCCCCAUGGAUCGACGACCCCAAACCCGGUAUGUCGACUGGAGAUGGACCCAUCGCCGCGUCCGGUGCCCCGGGAUUCAUCGCCGGUGGAGAGCUAGUGGACGGGAAAACCAUAGGCGCAUCCGCCGGCGUCGCUGAACUCGCCGGCACCGAUGCCUCUGGCGUCGCAACAGGACUAUCGACUGUCGGUGGAAAAGUAGCAGGACCCAUCGCCGGUGCAAUCACUGGAGCCAUGGUGGGAGUAGCAGAAAUUGGUGUCGGCGGUGACACGGCAGGGGAGGAAACGCUCGGAGAAAGACUAGGGGCGACCGUCGGUGGGCGAGACAGAGCAGGUGGAGCGGAACCCAUCGGAGGCAUGGCCGUAGAGGGUUCCGGCGGAGUGGCCGACGGAGGAGGAGAUGCAGGGGAGGCGGCGGUGGGAGGAGGAAGGGAUCUCGAUUUGGAAGGGGGAGAAGCAUGGGCUGGAGGAGGAAGUAAUGGUGGUGGAGAUGUUGUAGGGGAAACCGCCGUAAUAGGAGGAAGGGAUGCCGGGGGAGGAAGUAAAGCAGGGGAGACCGCCGUCGGUGGAGGAGGAGCAGCGGUGGGACUGAUCGGAGGUGGAGGAGGAAGUACCGGUGGGGACAUUGUAGGGGAAACUGACGUCAUAGGAGGAAGUGAUCUCGGUAUCGAAGGGGGAGGAGGAAAUGAUGCAGGGGAAACCGCCGUCGGUGGAGGAGGAACUGAUUUUGAUUUCGACGGAGGAGGAGCAGCGGUGGGACUGAUUGGGGCAGGAGGAGGAAUUAAUGGCGGGGACAUUGUAGGGGAAACUGACGUCAUCGGAGGAAGCGACCUUGGCAUCGAAGGGGGAGGAGGAGGAAAUGAGACAGGGGAUUUUGCAGUGGGUGUAGGAGGAGGACGAAGGGGCUUUGUUUUUGACGGAGGAGGAGCGACGGUGGGACUGAUCGGAGGAGACGGUAUGGUGGGUGGAGGGGAUAAGACCGGCGGCGAUUUGACAGGGGAGACUGUGGGAACAGAGAAGGCAGGGGAAUCGGGAGCGGGAGUAGUGAAGGGAGGAGAUUGGGCAGGGGAAAGGGGAGUUGCAGGGGAGGAAUGAGGAGAUCCGUAAGGGGAUGAAGUACUCACUGGAGUUCUAGAGUGAUAGGGAGACGACGUCGGAGGCAGAGCCGGAGAAGGAGAAGACGGCUGGCGACGGUGGCGAGGACGGAACGGCGCCGUUGUCGGGGACAUGGCGGGCGCAUUGUCUGCCCUUGCACUGGAAGCAGUGGCCAGAGCAAAUAGCAGAGCGAGUACGACGAUGAAUUGGGUCUUCAUCGUCGUUCGUGCAGUGUUUGUUUGACCCAAAUGAUGGGAUGAUGAUGAUGAAGAAGAAGAAGAAGAAGAAGAAGAAGAAGGUGCAACUGCCGAAAUUUGUUGGUGUUUGAAAUAAAUGGAAGGGAAAGAU